AUGGACCUUCGUUUGGUGCAGAUCUGCCUUCUUCUGUCAGCCUGCAGUUUUAGCUCUGUGCUGAGCUGCAGAUGGAUAGAAGACAAGUUUAAGCAGUACCAUGGAAUCUCUUUGGAUCUGAUCAGAAAGAUGGGUGAGAAGAUCCAUAAUGAUCACGAGAACAUCAACCCCAUCCCGCAUGAUCUGAUCAAUAGCCACAGAGAAGCAGAGCCUGAGAAACAGAUCCUGUUCGUCAUUCAGGCUCUGAUGGAAAUCACUGUCCUCUUCGACGAUGCCGUCGUCCCCUGGGAUGCUAAAAAACUGGAAGGUUUCUUAAUCGUCAUGCAUGAGCAGAUUAAUGGACUGCGCUCAUGUGGUGCUUACAAAAUAAAGAAGAACAAAAAGUUGCAUCUGUAUUUUAAAAGACUGAGACAAAUGACAGAAGUGAACAAGAAGGAUGGAGGUCAAAGCUGGGAGAUCGUCAGAAAACGGGUCAUAAGUUUCAUGAAUCAGCUGGAGUUCUUCUCCCCCAAAACUGGUGUUUAA